UAUCGUCAACAUCCCCAGCGGAGCUUCCCUCACAAGAUGUGAAAUCGAUACGCUUUAGAGCGCUAAGAUCCUCGUCCCACGCAAACCUGCCGUAUUAUAUUUUUAUUUCUGCUAGAGGAGAGUCAACGGGAACACAUCAACGCACGCAAGACACAUGGUACAUAUUUCGUGUCUUGUUUGGAGGGACGCACAACGGAAAGUCCGUUCACUCUGUCACUGACAGCAUUCUUACCUUGUUCUCUCAGAACGAAACGUAUUGACUGCUAUGGAACAGGAAUUUACAGCUUCACACAGCAAUAACCUAAGGUGACUUGAUUAAUUCAUACAGUAAAAUCAAGGGGACAGAGAAAGAUUUUGUAACAAAUUUUGUUUUAAAAGCUUUGCGCGGAGAUUCGGACAAGAAAGUUCGCGCGGUCCUGAACAGCUUAUGAUUCAACUGAAAGAUGCGCGCGGACUAAUGCGGUGUACAGUACGAGUGUUUUAAAGCUAUACUGUGUUACUGUCAGUAAUUUUUCCUGCUUUUUAUCAGAUAUAUUCUGUACUUAGUCAAGUUGGAUAUCUGUUGCUCGAGAAGAAAUGACUCACGUUUAGCAGGUUCAUUGUUUCGUUGCUCGUGCUCAUCCUUAGAAAUCAGGUUUAUUGUUGUUCACCGAGUUUACCGGCGCCUCACGGGCUUCUGCAAUGCGAGACUCGGAUUCAAAUCGUUUGACAUUUCUGUGGAAAGCCAGUCGACUGCCAAAUUGUCACUGAAUCAAAUCGAACGAGCCGGACACCUGGAUUGCUGAGUCGCAAGCCCACAGCCUAUUGAACACAUUAGCACCUGUCACAUCAGUCCAGCCAAGGUCAUCGCUCCUUCUCUUCAUUCUCCAUCCGGCUGUUAAACACCGAGUCCCGGCGCUCUGCUCUUCAACAAUGGAGAGCCUAAGUGAGCUUCAGAACCCUCUUCUAGAUAAGAACAGCAAGCAUAUGGUUAUGGCUGACUAUGGUUAUGGGGGCGACUUCCAUAGCAACCAGUAUCAGGAGAACAUUAUAAACUACUUUGUGACUGGUGGAGGAGGUGGAGGAGGAGGUGGCGGCGGAGGUGGGGUUGCGGUCACAGGAGGAAACGGCAAGGCUAAAGCCCAGCUACUGGACGCCACCUCGCUUCACCUGGCGGUGGAGGCCUUUUACAAGCCUAACUUCAUCCUUUACAAGGACGACGUGAGCAGCAAGGGCAAGGAUUACAAAAACGAGUGCUGCGAGACCACCUUCAUGGAGAAGAAAGACAAGGACGUAGCGGUGGAGACCCCCAGUACGGAGGACCCGCAGGCUAAACUGCUGGACGAAAACGAGGUGAAAAUCCAGACGGUGUCUUAUGAGGUAGAAGAAGAGGAGUAUGUUGAAUAUGAGACAGACUGCUCCAGUGACAGCGAGAGCGAGGACAACUUCAUCGUCAUCCCUCCUCGUGAUCACCUAGGCCUCGCUAUUUUCUCCAUGCUCUGUUGCUUCUGGCCUCUGGGCAUUGCUGCUUUCUACUUUUCUCAGGGGACCAGCAAAGCCGUGACUAAGGGAGACUUCCCAUUGGCUAGCAUUGCAUCUAGACGAGCCUUGUUCUUGGCCGCUCUCUCCAUCACCAUUGGGACGGGGGUCUACGUGGGCGUGGUGGUGGCCCUCAUCGCGUAUCUGUCCAAACCAGGCCACAUUUAGCACAGUCAUGAGAGGACUACAGAACUCCACGAUACUACACAGCCGCCUCUGAACGUCUUUUUCCAAAUGUCUCAUUCUCAUCCCUCCCCGUGGACUGCCUGUCCGCCCAAAUCAGAGAAAGGGAUGAACCGAAAGAGGAUGAACCAGAAGAACUGGGGACAUAUCACCUCAGUCAUAAUAUAUAAAUGUAAGCUUCACCGCGUGUCACACCACACUGGAUAAAACUUAACUAAGUCUGAGAGCAGUUAAGGUGAAGAACAUAAACUACAGACAAAUAAUCAGUCCAAUUAAACGAACCCGAAGGGAAGAUAUUCCCAUGAAGACACCCGUAAGGAUCAAAAGGGACUACGAGCCCUUGGAUUUGUUUUUCCCUUUCUAACUGUGCUUCAUUUGGAACCUGAAAGAGAAGUCAAGCCACUCUCGGUGUUUCUCUCUCAUUACUUAGUCCGGUAAACCCCAUAUGUGCGUGUGGCCCAAUUACACCAGCACUGCUGAAUACACCAACUGCAGUCUGUGAGCUCUGUUAAAAAGGAUAGAAUGUUGUCCACCCUAUUUAGGAAAAAUAACACAGCUUUGUAUGUUAUAAUAAGCAAAUGUGGAGUUCAUACACAAACCUAAAUGCUCAUGAUCACGAUACAGAACUACAGGACAAAAAAAUAGCCAUCAAAGACGUUCCACCACUAUGAAAUUCAUCUGUGAAAUUCAGCACACCUUAUACACAACCUCCAUGUCGUUCCCACUUCUUUAGGGCUCAAUGCUUUGUAUUGUAAAUUCUUUGUCUUUUGUUUUGUUCAAAGUCAAAAUCUAAUUUUGACCCAACGAAGGCUGCAAGGUUUAUGUGUCUGAAGAAGACACGGAUGAAAAACAAGGAAAGCAAGCGUUUAUUUUAUAUCGCUAAGGAUUUGCUUGACUUUAACAAAUUCUCUUUUACUCCCAGAUGUCUGAACUGAAUAUAAAUGAAACAACUGUACAUGUGGAUGAUAUGGCGAUGUGCAUCACUUAAUGUCCCUUAUGAUUGGAAAAAUUCAGAGUUGGCAAAACUCAAGACAGAUGAUCAAAAAUGUACAAUAUACUUUCCUCAAAUCCUAAGAUGGAUGUUUGAACAAAGAGGCAGGUUUUGUUUUCAGGUGAAGGGGCCUCAGAUUGAAUCGAUUAAUAAUGUAUUGGAUGUCUGUAAGCUUACGGGCAUGACAACGAACACACAGGGGAUGUUGAGUUAAAGGUCGACUGGUCUAUUUCAACAACAAUGGAGCCUGAAUCUGGUGUAGUCAUCCACAUAAGAAAUUAAAAACAUGAAGACAAUAGGUUCCCCGCUGGCUAGGUAGUGAUUCGAGGUUUGUUUUGAAUUCCUAUGAUAUAGAACUUGGAAGCUGGUAGAAAUGAAAUUGGCCUCAUUUUGAAGUAUAUUAGCCAAUUAUGCAUAACCUCCUAAUUACUUCCCAUGGUGAUUUAAAAUACUCAAUAGUAUUGAAGUAUUCUAAGUUUUCACAUUUGCAGUGUUACGCCUUUCAGGGGCCGGACUGACAAAACAUUCCCAAGUAUAAAAAUCUUGUGCUAUGUAAUGUGCUAAUUUCUUUGGUUAAAGGGAUAGUUCACCCAAAAAUGAAAAUUCUGUCAUCAUUUACUCACCCUCAAGUUGUUCCAAACCUGUAUGAAUUUCUUUCCUUUUCUGAACACAAAAGAAAUUAUUAUUAAGAAUGUUGGUAACCAAACAUUUGAUGGACCCCAUUGACUUCCAUAGUAUUUUUCCCCCCAUACUUUGGAAAUCAAUAGGAUCCAUCAAUUGUAAAUCAUCGUAAGUAACUUCUCAAGUUAGGAUAACCUCCAACCUCCAUUACACAACCUCAUGAACAUGAUAGUACAUUAAAGCACAGCCACAGUAAAGAACUUUUACUUGAGUAGAUUUUCACGAGUUCUGCCCCAAAACAUAAUAGCUGACAUUAUGGUACUCACAGGUUUCAGAUGCUUUUUGAAUUCUGGAGAAACUCAUUCACAGGGACUUGAAGGUAUAUGGAGAACGGUUCAUUGUGAAAAGAGCAAACUGGUAAAGGUCAUGCUUUACAGCAUGCUUUGUCUUCAUGUUAAAGUGUGAGUACAUGAGAAAGUACAAGGAACAACUUUGACUUGGACUUCUAUUGUGAAGAAGCCUGGAGUUAUGCAUUAUUGUUAUACUGAUGAAUUAUAUGAAUGUGUAAAAAGUGUAACCAGAUACAAAUAAUUGAAAAUACAUUAUUGCAAAUAAAAGUCAAGAGAAUAGGGAAAUUUUUUUACAGGAGGACAAGUUUCUAUUGGUGUGGCGCUUUUGUUAAGGUUAGCAGAUUUACUCAUUGCCAGCACUGUAACGACACACGUGAGAAUGAAUUCACUAAAUCACCAAGCUUUUAUUAGACAAGAAUGAGCUAAAAUGAAAAACGAGGGUACGGUUGAAGAUUUUACAGUUUAUUCACUGUUCAUUAUCUGUGCCAUAGGAACUAAUUACCCUUAAUGCUUAGUAUAUGGCACCAAAAUGAGAUUUCACUCUGAAAUUAAGCGCCUGAUAAUAAAAAAUAAAUUGUCAUACCAGAACUUUUGUAGGUUUUUAUGCAAACACGCCACCCUACAUUCACAUACUUGAAAUAGUAUGUAGCAGAAUGCACAACAGGGAAGAAUGAUGCCUGGAUGGCUAAACACAAACCUCUGCUGCUUUCUCUAUGCCUAUGAUGCACAGCACACACUCAAGACCCUGCUGGUUUUGUUGAGGUCUUUAGCAAAUGCAUUUCCACUGCAAUCACCAGAGCGUUGAAAGCCAACAUGGGACACUUGCAGUCUCUCAGCGCAGGUCAUGCAUUAGUCAUACCUGACAUUUACGGUUCACAAUUAGCUUCCCAUAAUGGCUUUUUCCGAGGAAGUGUCUAGUCUCCAGAGCAUAGCUGGAAAUAGCAAAACAUAAUUGUUUUUACAAAUAACACUCUAUGCUACUUUGCAGCCACUGAAGCUUGACCAAGCAAAUCUUUGCUAUUUUGAAGUGUAGCAAAAAUAAAACUACAAACGAGGGUAUAACACGAGCAAAAACUAAAAUUGGCUGUAAUGAAAUUGGAUUUCACUUUCCGUCAAGGUCUCAGCUGAAAUUAACAUGGUAUCAAGCCAUUUUUCCUCAUGUGUUUGCGUCAUUAAUUUCUAAAUGAACAGUGUCAGUGUCUGCCCUCCCUUGAUUGUGUAUCAGCUUGGUCCUUUUUUUCCCCCAUUUUGCAUUUCCAUAGUGACUAGUCCUUUUCUGACGUUCAUUUUACGCCAGUGCUCGCAGUGUUUUGCUGUUAGUGUUUUGUUAAUAUUGUGAUACUUGAGUUUUUUUUCAUUCAUGAUUAGAAUGUGCUUGUGAGACAGUGACGAUGUAAAUACUGCAAAUAAAAGACAAGAUGCAGCGUUAUAAAAUAAAUAAUUUGACACAAAAUGAUCUUGUAUCUAUUACUGCAAACGUUGGAUGUGUUUUCGACUCUUGGGAAAAUAUGAUACACUGUGGUCCUC